UAAGGCAAAAGUAUCGGCAUGAGCGAUUUGACGUUAUCAUCAAGAGUAAUGCAUAAAGGCUAUUGCGGACUGAAAAAAAUGUAUUAAUUACCUUAAUCAAAAAUGUAUUACAUGUGAAAUGUUUCAUCCUGACCUCUCUAAAAAUGGCUGACCACCGUAAAUGGUCGAAUGGGCCCGCAUGUCAGAAAUAUCGAUAUUUUAGUGCACCCGUGAAAAAGUUUUAGCUGAUUUCACACAAUUAAUGGUGCAUAAAAUGAACAAGGUUUAAUUCUGUUAUUUUUUGACACAUUCUUGAAUUUAACCGUUGCAAAUUGUUGACAUUUGAUUAAAGAUUUUUGACAUGUAAAAAAUGACGUCAUAAUCAUACUUGAUUUCAAACGGCGAGGAGUUUCCUGAAUGUGACGGAGUUAGGGGGCUAUGCGAUAUUUCAUCAUUCCAAAUGAACUUUUUUUUAAAGGUGGUCGCUGUUAACAAUGGUGCACGAAGCCAACAGUUUCCAUUCCCAGAUCGUUUAAAUAAACUUGUUGACGAUUACAUCUUAGACUCUCAUAACGUUGCCACGGCCACCGAAGGUUCGCAAACUUUACUCGACUGCAGAAACAACGUUACGAAGAAGGUCUUUCGAAAAUUCCGUCAGGCUAAAUAUCGUUGGAUCCAUAAUGGAAUGCUCUUCAAAGUUGACAAGGACCGAAUGCGGUACAAUGGGAGGCGGAUCUUGUUUCUCAAAGUUAGGCCAAGCGACUCGGGAUCCUACAUGUGUCAGAUUGAAUAUGAACCGUUUCUAGUCAAAACAGUGGCUGUUUUCGCAUUGUUGGUUUUCCCCGAAAAUCCCCCGCCAAAAGUUGUCCAUUACGGGCGGAAAUUUUGCUUACAAUGCAACAGUGCCGCCAUAGGUCACGUGUAUUUCUACACGAAACGGAAUUGGAUGAUUGACGACAUCUACUACGCAUUUGACCAGGAUCUCCCAGCCAAGUCCAUCAACGAAGACUGCAUCGAUUUUGCAACGACUACAAUGUCCGGAGACUGGACCUGCGUGACGACUCAAGAAUAUACGCAGAAACAGUGGAGCACCGCGUUCUAUCGCAUCAAAGUGACGUCGAAACCCCCCGUUGUUGGCAACUUGUGGCUCUUCAUUUCAGACAAUGUGAUCCUUAUGGUCAUCUUGAUUCUGGGCGUUGUGUUGUUUUUUGUAUCGUUAUUAGUGGCGAAGUUGAAGAGAAAACAGAAAACUGCAGUUGUCGGUCCGCCCCCAGAAACUGCUCCACUAGUUAACUCGGAGAACAAAAUUUGAAGAAAGAUCGUUAUUUACAUUAUUUUUA